CAUUUCCUUGAAGAUGCUAGCUGUCCUCCAUCAGUAGAUUUUUAGCCAACCGGUUGUAUGGCCAGACAUCGAACAACACAGUGGACCAAGGCUACGCCAAAAACCUGGCUUUGAGACAUCGCAUGUGUGUGAUUGAUUCAACAUUGAUGCCAAACUGAACUCAGCAAUACGAGAUGGCUGUUACAAAGAGGAUUUGCUCCGGGUCACCCAGGCAGGAGCAUGUGGACAUCCUGUUGUAGCUGGUCCUGUUUGGAACCCACCGCCACAGUGGAAGAAAACGGCAGCUCAUGGCGCCAGGCCUACACAAACUCGGGCAACAGCCAAUCCCCGAUCUCUCCCGAACUUUUGUGCAAGGCCUGCGGAGGCCAUUUUGACACCAUCGCUAUAAAGCAUGUCUGUGUGGACUGCAAGAAGAACUUCUGUGGCCGCUGCUCGGUGCAGCUGGAGCCGCCACGCCCGCGCCUCUGCCACACAUGUCAGCGAUUUCACGGAACCCUCUUCGACCGCGCCCAGUUGAUGAGACUCAAGGUGCGGGAGCUGCGUGACUACCUCCACCUGCACGAGGUGCCCACCCAGACAUGCCGGGAAAAGGAGGAGCUGGUUGAGCUGGUCCUGGGCCAGCAGACCCCCAGCACCAGCAGAAGCAGUGAGACCGUGUCCUCCCAGCCCGGGGCUCACAACAAUGUCCCCUCCCCAGACACACCGUCCCCUCCCCAGACACAGGGCCCUACCAGCCCAGACACAUUGAGCCCAGAGCAGCCAGAACAAUCAGCCCCUGAGGCAGAGUCAGAGCAGAUCUCUGAUGAGGAGGAGGAGGAGGAUGAUGAGGACGAAGAGUCAUCGGACAGCGAGGAGACCCUGAUGCCCGGCCGCAGAGCCUCUCUGUCUGACCUGAGCCGCGUGGAGGAUAUCGAGGGCCUGAGCGUGCGCCAGCUCAAGGAGAUCUUAGCCCGCAACUUUGUCAACUACAAAGGCUGCUGCGAGAAGUGGGAGCUGAUGGAGAGGGUCACCCGCCUCUACAACGACCAGAAGGACCUCCAGAACCUAGUUUCAAAUACAAAAAAUGAAGAAGACCCUGCAGCUCCCAAGAGCCAGGAGGAGAACCUCUGUCGGAUCUGCAUGGACUCUCCCAUUGACUGUGUGCUGCUGGAGUGUGGCCACAUGGUCACCUGCAGCAAGUGUGGCAAGCGCAUGAGCGAGUGCCCCAUCUGCAGACAGUACGUGGUACGGGCGGUGCACGUCUUCAGGUCCUGAUGCAUGGCCACAAUGAGGGACACAGUGGAUACCAAGGACAACAUGGCAUUGCUGCCACCAUUGCUCAGAGAUGGCAUAUCUUACAAGAAUACACUCCUCUGUAAUGCACACUCUCACUCAUUCAAUCAGUCUUCCUCUUGCUGGCAUUCCAGAGAAAUAACCUGUCUCCACUUUUCUGGGUUCUCUGUUUUUCUACUCCACCUGAACCUAUUGUUUCUACACUUUCAGCAUUUUACAAGACCUCAAUAUUUCAGUACUAUAACUUCGUUGUUCAAAAGAGUUAGGUAUCAUGUAUUCACAUUGGUGCCAGUCAGACACCAAACUAUAUUGGCACUUUGCAUGGGAGGGCAGCAGUAGCUUUUCAAAUUCUGAGGUUAUUGGGUAGAGAUUAUGUUUCUUUCAACCCCACACACAGGCAAGGUUAUAUUGCAUUUUUUUGUCUUUGCAUUUGUGUGCACGGGGAAACAACUGAGUUCCAUAGCUGAGAAACACAACUGAGUUCCAUAGCUGAGUAACACAGGGGAUACUACGGAGGGCAUCGAAUUGCAAGCAAUGAAUAUAAAAAACGUAUUUGUUCUAGCAAUGAAUGAAAUGCUGAAUCCUGGUAAGAGAGGGAACAUGUUAGGCUACUCUGUUAUGCAUAUCAAUAGCAAAACAGACAGAGUGGCCAGAAUGGUGCUAUUUUACUAGUGAUUAACAACACUCGUAACAAAACAGAAUGGCCAAAAUGGUGCUAUUUGACCAAUGGUAAGCAACACUCAGGGCCCCAUUUUGACAGUGCAAGUAAGCGGUGUUAGUGUCGAGACCAAAAUAUCGAAAACCUCAACCGUUUAUUUCAAACCUUAUCGCCCCAAGCAAGGCUUGGAUAUGACCGUGCUAAUAUUUGAUGCAGGCAAUGCAGUAGUUGUGAAAUUGGUGCAUUAAGUGCAGCACGGAAUACUUGGAAGUGGUAAGGUCUGUUUUGCGCCCUCCAAUUGUCACACUCAGAGUUCAGUACCUGCAAACCAGCUGUUCUGUUAAUUGGUUUUGUGGUCCAGAGAGCUAUCUUUAGGUUGCAGUGCACUUGCUAAGCAUAGAACCCAGGCCUUAUGUCUUAUUGGRGAUCCUUCAGACACAGAGCUGUGUGAUGGUUGAACACAAGAGUCUGCUUGUAGCUCACUGAAAGUACUUGAGGGUCAAGGAGGGGAUAAUGCUUGGUUUCAUUUGCCCUUUUAUGGUCAAACUACCCUUUUAACUUGCAGAUAUUGUAUCAAAACUGGGACAGAACACGCAUUGACUUGACAGUAAUAGUUAAUAGUUCUUUAAAUUAGCCACAAUGGGGAUCUUUUCUGAAAUGUAAACCCUACACAGUAGAUAUGCAGCUUCUUUUUUAUUCUCUGGGGGUCAUAAAUUGUUUGCUGUUUGAAGUUGGUUCCAUGACUUUACCCCAAAUUAGGUUUGGGGUAAAGAGAACUGACCUCSUUUAGCAGAAUGUCUCCAUUCCCAGGCUCUCACCACCUCUCUCUUAUCAGCAAGUGCCCCAGAACAGAGUGCUCAUUAACUUAGCUGACGUAGUGCACUGAAUACACUCAUUUCCUAAUGACGAGUUGAUUAAAUGUGGUAUCUACUAGUUAAAAAACAACAACUGUUUUCUGCAAAUUUACUUUGUUUGUGGGGGUGUUUUAAAAGCUAGAUUUCAUAAUUGAAACKAUAACAAAGAGCGACCCCGCCUCUGUUUCAGUAUAAAGCUGAGGGAUGGGCCUGGAGAAAUGUAACCACUCUCAGAUUCAUAGACAGAGCUAAGGACUGACCAUCCAU